AUGAUAAACCUAAUUGUACUGCAUGUGAUAUAUGUGUCUACACGUGUUAGAUGUAGAAGAUUGUUGGAAAGCGGCGCCGGAAAAGCAAACCGCCGGCUGACAGCCGAUGCAGUGCCUCCUAGAAUCGCCUCGCCGAAGCAGCGCUCCACUCCGGAUUCGUACUGGAAGUUCCUCUUCCGAACAGAUUCCGCCAUGAACAGAGAUCUGAAUUCUUCUCGCCACCACAAACUCCAUCUCCGACCACCAUACUGCUUGGGAUACUCCACCCCUAAACCUAAUCAAAGGCCCUUUAGCGGAAGGGUGAAAAGAUUUUACUCCCUACAAUAA